GUCCCUCCAUCCCUCCAACUCUGUCUGUCUCCCUUGCCCACCACACGCAUUGGGGCACACAACCACCAUGGCUUCCCUGCAACGUCUCCUCGUGUCCUUUAUGGUCAUUCUGACCUUCGCGUUCGUCUUUUUCGCCCAGUCCGUCGAUGCGCAAAAAGGCCCCAAGAUCACCCACAAGGUCUACUUCGAAAUCACACAUGGCGACGAGGAAUUGGGCCGCAUCGUGAUCGGUCUAUAUGGCAAGACUGUUCCAAAGACCGCUGAGAACUUCCGCGCUCUCGCUACUGGCGAGAAGGGCUUUGGCUACGAGGGCUCCACCUUCCACCGCGUGAUCAAGGACUUCAUGAUCCAGGGUGGUGACUUCACCAACGGUGACGGCACUGGUGGCAAGUCCAUCUACGGCAAUAAGUUCGAUGAUGAGAACUUCAAGUUGAAGCACUCCAAGAAGGGUCUUCUGAGCAUGGCCAACUCUGGCAAGAACACCAAUGGCUCACAGUUCUUCAUCACCACCGUCCUCACAUCUUGGCUCGACGGCCGCCACGUCGUUUUCGGCGAAGUCCUUGAGGGCAUGGACAUCGUCCACAAGAUCGAGAACGCACCCAAAGACGGCCGCGAUAGACCUUCCAAGGAAGUCAAGAUUGCCAAGAGCGGCGAACUCGAAGUUCCCGAAGAAGGUAUCAGGGCUGAGCUAUAGAACUUCUCCCAUGACUCGAAGGCCACGCAGAACCCGUUGCUCCACUCGAUGACGAUGAAGUAUUCGGCGGCAAUAGUGCAAAGGUGGUGGGAGAGAGCAUUGGUGAGGAGGCACUUGCAGAGGUCGCUGGCCGCUUGAACCGCGAGCAGAUCCUUGCCACCGCUACGGGCAUGAGCCUUUCCUUGAAGCUGUUUCUCGUUGCAUGCGUUAUUGCUGCUUGCUGGAUGUUCGUUGCCGCGCACCGCACAAGGAGAGGGGGCAGGGUGGCUGGAAGACAUGGUGCGUACCCGGAAAAGUCGCUGGGUAGUCAAGCCUAGAUCGACGUCCGACGACGAACAUGAUAUACAAUGAGAAAAGGUUUGAAAUAGAGCAAACAUUCUUGCGAGAGCAGUACGUGCCGGCCACUUGCGCAAGUGGUAAGAAAGCGUCAAACUUGGCUCAAAUUUGUUGCAUAUCGUUCAUGAUGCUAACAUGUCUCGACGCUUACUGCUGUUCUUCGGAGCUCAGCCCAGCGAAGAGGACCAUACAGGCUUCGCUGGCCCGAUGGAACUACUCGUACCUUCCACACCAUUUAUAGUGCUUGCCGCCCUCCCCGCUGCAAAUAGUACAACGUUUGACGAAGAUCUCACUGCGUGACGGCAUGCUUUGAGUUUGACUCGGGGGUCAGAGGGGUUGUGCUUUGAGUCACUUAAGGCUUGUCGUGAGUGUUUCGGUUGCUUUCUGUCGCGGGAUGUUUAGACUCAAGAAAGAGACAACGUA